AUGCGUAAAGACGUCCCCACGGGUGUCGGUGACACGACCAUCACAGGUGCCCUUGGAGACGCGGGCAAAGGUACCGGAUCACGAUCGCUGAGUCUCAGCCCUGAGAGCGUCACCUGCGGCUGCGACGGGGGAGGGGCGGCGUCUCUGGUCCCCACCCGCCACCUGCCGGGAGAGCCCGCCCCCACCUACGACCAGCAAAAUUAUCCCACGACUUGGGGAGCCGACUACGCAUCCAUGACGCGGCCGCUCUGCAACGGGGCUUGCUGGCUGUGCCUGCGCCUCUGGUGCCUGUUUGGGGGCCUGAGCGCAGCACUGGUAACGAGGAACGCCAGGCCUAACAUCGUGCUCCUCAUGGCGGAUGACCUUGGGGUGGGAGACAUCUGCUGCUACGGCAAUAACACCGUCAGCACCCCGAAUAUCGACCGCCUGGCGAGGGAGGGCGUGCGGCUCACCCAGCACCUGGCAGCGGCGUCCGUGUGCACCCCGAGUAGGGCUGCCUUCCUGACCGGCCGGUACCCCGUCAGAUCAGGCAUGGCGUCUGCCUUCAACCUGAACCGCGCCUUCCCCUGGCUCGGAGGCUCGGGCGGUCUGCCCACCAACGAGACCACGUUCGCGAAGCUGCUGCAGCACCGCGGCUACCGCACGGGACUCAUAGGUAAGUGGCACCAAGGACUGAGCUGCGCGUCCCGCGGCGAUCACUGCUUCCACCCGCUGAACCACGGCUUCGACUACUUCUACGGGCCGCCCUUCGGGCUGCUGAGCGACUGCCAGGCCUGGGCGAGGCCCGAGCUGCACCGCGGGCUGCGCGUCAAGCUGUGGAUGUCCACGGCGGCGCUGGGCCUCGUGCCCGUGCUGCUCCUCGUCCCCAAGUUUGCGCGCUGGGUGCCCGUGCCCUGGAAGGUCAUCGUGGCCUUCGCGCUGCUGGCUGUCCUCUUCUUCCUGGCCUGGUUCUCCAGCUACGGGUUCACGCGGCGCUGGAACUGCGUCCUGAUGCGCAACCACGACAUCGUGCAGCAGCCCCUGCGGGAGCAGCGGGUCUCCUCCCUCCUGCUCAAGGAGGCCGUGAGCUUCAUCGACAGGUACAAACGUGGCCCAUUCCUGCUGUUCGUGUCUUUUCUCCACGUGCACACCCCACUAGUCACCAGACAGAAGUUUGUGGGCCACAGCAAAUACGGGCUCUACGGAGAUAACGUGGAGGAGCUGGACUGGAUGGUGGGUAGGAUCCUGGAGGCCCUGGACCGCGAGCGCCUGUCCAACCACACGCUGGUCUACUUCACCUCGGACAACGGGGGCCGCCUGGAGGCGCAGGACGGCGGGGCCCAGCUGGGCGGCUCCAACGGCAUCUACAAAGGUGGCAAAGGAAUGGGCGGAUGGGAAGGGGGCAUUCGUGUCCCAGGAAUCUUCCGGUGGCCGGCGGUCCUGGAGGCUGGGAAAGUGAUUGACGAACCCACGAGCCUGAUGGACAUUUAUCCGACCCUGUCUUAUAUAGGUGGAGGGAUAUUGCCGCAGGACAGAGUCAUUGAUGGCCGGAACCUAAUGCCCUUGCUGGAGGGCAGGGUGUCCCACUCGGAACAUGAGUUCCUCUUCCACUACUGUGGGGUGCACUUGCACGCAGCCAGGUGGCAUCAGAAGGACUGUGCAACGGUGUGGAAGGUGCACUACGUGACCCCCAAGUUCUCCCCGGAGGGAGCCAAUGCCUGCUACAGAAGUGGUAUGUGCUCGUGCUCUGGCGACGUCACCUACCACGACCCUCCCCUGCUCUUUGACAUCUCCAGAGACCCUUCUGAGGCCCGAGCCCUCAGCCCCGACAACGAGGCGUUAUUUGGCUCCGUGGUCAGGAAAAUCGAGGCGGCCAUAAGGGAGCAUCGCGGCUCGCUCACACCCGUCCCCCAGCAGUUGUCUGUGUUCAACACCAUUUGGAAACCGUGGCUGCAGCCCUGCUGCGGGACUUUCCCCUUUUGCGGGUGUGACAAAGAAGACGCCAUCCUAUCUACCGCCUGGUGA